CGCCUCUUCGCUUCCAAGAUGAUCAAGAAAAGAAGGAACAAUGGUCGUGCCAAAAAGGGCCGUGGCCACGUGCAGCCUAUUCGCUGUACCAAUUGUGCCCGUUGCGUGCCCAAGGAUAAGGCUAUUAAGAAGUUCGUCAUUCGGAACAUCGUAGAGGCCGCAGCCGUCAGGGACAUUUCCGAAGCGAGUGUUUUUGACGGUGAGCUUCUGGCGCGUGAACUGUCCUAUGUGCUUCCCAAGCUGUAUGUGAAACUGCAUUACUGCGUGAGUUGUGCCAUUCACAGCAAGGUAGUCAGGAAUCGUUCUCGGGAAGCCCGGAAGGACCGAACACCUCCACCCCGAUUUAGACCUGCUGGUGCUGCCCCACGACCUCCACCAAAGCCCAUGUAAGGAGCUAAGUCCUUAAAGACUGAAGAAAUACUGUUCCCUGGAAAGACAAUAAAGUGGAAAUUAUACUUAAAAAAAAAAAAAGA